AUGGGCGACGACACGGCCGCCACCACCACCGCCACCGAUGACACUGAGCCCAAGUACGUGGAGUUCAGCGAAAUGGGAUUGGAUUCACGACUGCUGAGGGCCAUUGACUCGUGCGGGUGGCGAUCACCGACACUGAUCCAGGAGCGGGCCAUACCACUGGCCCUCGAGGGCAACGAUAUCUUAGCCAAAGCGCGUACGGGCACCGGAAAGUCGGCCGCCUUCGCCCUCCCCAUACUCCAUGGCCUGUUGGCCAUCAAAGACGGCGCCCUCGCGAGCGAUGACAGCGCCAGACAUGUGAGGGCUCUGGUGCUGAGUCCCAGCAAAGAACUGUGCGCUCAGUUGACGCAACACUUCCGCCAACUGACGGCCUACUGUUCGCGCGAGAUAACGGUGCUCGACAUCAGCACCGGUCGUGUGGACGACCUGAAGGGUGUGAUGACCGCCGAGACGCCCGACGUGAUCGUCGGUACGCCGAGUCGUGUCCUCCUCCACAUUGAGGCCAAACACCUGCCGAGUCUGAAGCGAGAGCUCCGGUAUCUGGCGAUCGACGAGUCGGACCUCAUGUUCUCCUACGGCUACGAACAGGACUUGACUCGAGUGCUGCAGUCGGUGCCCGCCAUCGGCUGCCAAUCCUUUCUAAUGUCGGCGACACUGAACCCGGAGGUGAAGGCGCUGAAGAAGCUGUGUCUACACAACCCGGUGAUCCUGAAGCUGGAGGAGCCGGAGCUCCCGGAGAGCGAUAAACUACUUCAGUAUCACAUCGAGUGCCACGAAGAGGAGGAGAAGUUUGUGUUAAUUAACUCGAUGUUCAAAUUGGGUCUCAUUCGCGGCAAAACCAUUGUCUUCGUCUCGUCGGUGGACAGGUGUUACAAAUUGAAGCUCUUUUUGGAGCAGUUCGGUGUCCGCACCUGUAUUCUCAACAGCGAACUCCCGAUUGCCAGCCGCUGCCACGCGGUCCAGCAGUUCAACGCCGGUGUCUAUGAGAUCAUCAUCGCGUCGGACGAGAAGUGUUGCGCCGACGCCUCGCAGCGGAAGUCCAAGAAAUCGCAUUCAAAGCGUCGGCCCGACGAGGAGUACGGCGUUUCCCGCGGCAUAGACUUCCAGUACGUGUCGAAUGUGAUUAACUUCGACUUCCCGACGACUGUCCAGUCGUAUACGCAUCGCGUGGGACGGGUGGCCAGGGGUGACGACUCGGGCGAGGGGACGGUGUUGUCGCUGAUAUGCCCGCCUGAGAAGGACUACUUCGAGACCGUGAAGGCGUCGUUCGGCUCGGGCGCCAACUUCAGGCCCUAUCAGUUCCGGAUGGAGGAGUUGGAGGCGUUUAAGUACCGGAGCAGAGAUGCGUUGCGAGCGGUGACGACGAUUGCCGUACGCGAGGCGAGGAUUAAGGAAAUAAAACGCGAGAUACUGACGAGUCAGACGCUGAAGAGCUAUUUCGAGGCCAACCCGAAGGACCAGAAGGUGCUGAAACACGACCGCGCCUUACAUACAGUCAAACAUAAGCAACACUUGAGGGACGUUCCCGAGUAUAUCGUUCCGCCAACGCUGCAGUCGAUGGUUAAGUCGAAAAAGGGCUCAAAUAAGAGACUGGAAGAGGAGGCGAGCCUUAGCUACACUCCCAAAAGGAAGAGACGUCCGAAACACGUGAAGAAUAAGAAGGACAGGGAUUCGGAUCCGUUAAAGACGUUUAGGUUUAACGCCAGAAAGAGGGGUAAACCGAAGCUGAAGAAUAGGAGAAAGUAA